UUCCUCAUCCUCGGCAAAAGGCACCCAGCAGCCAGCUCAAGGAAAACUUGGAACAUGGGUUAUUGGACUUUAAAAAAAAUAUUGAAAACAUAGUUCCUUUGUGGCAUGAUGAAGGGCUAACAUAGAUUUCUUGAAGAACUUGCGUUACUGCUUGUUCCGCUGCACAAUUAACUGUUUUGCGAUUAUGAUUCAUUUUGUAUUGAUAUCGUGAUCAGUUGAGUUGCAUAGCAGAAAAUCCCACCCCCAACAUGCUCCUUAUUGGAAUUUCUGAAAUGUCAGUUCGCCAUUUUGGAUUUUGAGAACUUAAGUCCAAAUUUGGAAAUCCAAGAAAACAGUGACUUUGGAGUAGAAAUUUUGUUUCAAUUCCAUCCGAAGCGAUAGAAGACAAGUCCGUAAUGGUCUAAUGCAGAAUUUCAGUUGGCUGGAUUUUGAGAACCUUUAACUUCUCUCAUUAAUUCUUUGCAACUAAUAAUAUUUUGACAAUGAACAAUACUCCAAACCCCAAGAUGUCAGCCCAGGAAUAUUGCCUGCGAUGGAAAUACCAUCAUAGUAACUUACAGCAAAUGUUUUCCAACCUAUUAGAACGUGAAUCAUAUACUGAUGUUACUCUUGCUUGUGAGGGGAAAACUUUAAGAGCCCAUAAGAUGGUCCUAUCAGCCUGCAGCACAUACUUUGACAGUAUUUUCUCAGAAUAUUCUGAGAAGAAUCCAAUUGUUAUCUUGAAGGAUGUAAAGUAUAUGGACAUGAAAUCUUUGGUGAAUUUCAUGUAUCGUGGUGAAAUUAAUGUGCAGAAUUCUCAUCUUUCAUCACUGUUAAAAACUGCUGAGGAUCUACGAAUAAAAGGUCUAGCUCAAAUGUCAUGGCCAGCUGAUGGGCCUGGAAAUGACCAAAUAAAAGAGGAAACCAAGGGCAAUGGGUCAGAUGGGCAGUGGAAACAACGAACUUCAGAUGAUGGCUCUGCUUCUCAAGUAUCGGUGUCAAAUGGAUCAGAAUCUCCUGCAAGUAAAAGAAAGAGACCAAAUAGUUACAGCCCUAAAAUAGCAAAUGAAUCUGGAGAAGAGCAAUCACACUGGGAUCAAGAUGAUUCUGAACCAGAAAUAAUAUCUAAUCCUGAUCCACUUGCUUCAGAUGAUAGAGGCUAUGGAAACAUGAUGCCACAUAACACUUCCCAGGAAACAUUUAAUGAUCAUGAAGCUGAUACUGGAUACAACAAUACAGGAGAUGUGCACGACUCUCAGCCUACUAUAGAGCCUGUGGCACCACCGCCACCCCCACCGCCACCACCAACUUCUUCAAAUGCUCCUCUAUCUGAAAGAUUUCGAGAUGUUGUUAAAAUGAAUGACUAUUUGGUCUCUGGACGUAGACCUCAGUUCUGGGAAGAAGGCUUCACAAGAAAUGUAAUGGAAGCUAUUAGAAAUAAAGAAAUAGAAAUGAAAGCUGGUGCUGAAAUUCUUGGUGUGUCGUACGGGACAUUGUAUGGUCGCUACAGAGAGGCAUUUGGCUGUCUCAAACAUCCAUACAGGGUCAGAGAUUUUUGGUCUGAGCCUGGACCUGCUGGGGUGCUUGGAAAACUUCAGAGGAAGGAAAUAACACUCUUCAGAGCUGCAGAAAUUUUGAAUGUUACGGUCGCCACUCUUGCAAAUUACCUCUCCACACUACGCCAGGAAGAAGCAUCCCCUUAUACUCUCAGAGACACCUUGUUGAUGGAUGAUGGGAAUCGUGAUGGCAUGCUCAUGGGACACAUGGAAGACUCAUACAUCCCUCACCAUCAACUUAUAAAACAAGAAGCCCAUAUAGGAAUGGGUGUCACAGAUGAUGAUCUUGAUCCUGAGAACUCACAUGGUGCUGUGUAGAAAAAAUUAUCAAUUACUGUAGUUAAUUUUAAUUGUUGUUAAACAAAGUCCUACAUCUUGCUUAACAUGUGAAUAAUUGGGAGAAACAACAGUGUAUGUGAUAAAAAAUUUCUGUGCCUUCCCAAUCUUUUGAACUGUCACAUGGAUCAUAUUGUUUUAGAAAAAGUGGUAGUACUUUGCAAAAGUUCCUCUUUUCUGGUGGCUACAUGUGGAAACACAUCUGAUAGUUGCUCUAGUACCUUAAGAAAAGUUCCAACCAGCAAUUUUGGUAAUUUUGUGAUUUUGUGUAACUUAUUUGUAUACAACUUUAUAUAUUGAUUGAUAGUUGACUGUAUGGUAUAGAUCAAUGCCUUUCUGGUUCCCUUUACAUUUUCAAUAAUGUAGAAGUAACCAGACUAGACAAGUUCCUCUCUUAGUUAUGACAUUUUACGGCAAUUCAGUACAUGUCUCUGAGAAGCAACCAUGUACCUCUCUCUAAUUAAAUUCGGAAACUAGUUAUGAAGCAAGAAUUUCCAUCAGGGUGUUUCCAGAUCAUGAGAGUGUCUGCACACCUGAUUUUGAAACAUGUCUGAACAAAUGAUAAAAAUGUGAAAAUCUUUUGCUAAUUAUUGCAUGUCCUACAAUAUCUAUAGAAAAGCAAAAAUUCCAAUAAAAAGAAGAGUUUUAUUGAAGUUUUCUAUGAAAGUCAGGAAGUCACAGAAUUCUAAGAAGAGAACCUGGCAACAAUCUGUUAAAUGUAAUUUACUCUGCCAUGUACUGAAUUAAAGUAGAGUGCCUUUGUUCCUUAUUUUAUCAUUAGUUCAAAUAAUUGACUUAAGCAAUGAAGUUUAGAAAACUAAGCUAAUAUUAGAUUUUUACAUGAGUAUUGCAACUUGAAUGUUCAAUGGUAUUCCUCAAAUUUAGUAAUUACUUUUAAAAUACCCUUUAUCCAAGCAACUUAAGUGCUAGUCAACUGGGUGCCAGCCCUUAAAUUAAUCCAGUAGGCAAGGACAAAUGGUUUAUAUUCCCACCAAAGGGAUUUUUGUACUGUUAAGGAAAUGUGUAGAUUUAAAAUUAAGACUCCGAACAUUGAUCAGAAACCAACAACAUUAACAUCACAAGUUCUAUGUUUCCUACAAGAGGCCAAGAAGAACUGAGAAGUUUCUCUCUCUCUAUGUUUCCUAUAGAAUAACUAAACUUUGGUGUUCAAUUGAAUAAGCAUGUUGCAAUACAGAAAAUCUAUCAAGAAUCAGACAAACCUCAGUAGGCUUUUCUGAAUUCUUCAACUUUGACUGUGCUGGCAAACUCUGGUUGCUAGAAUUAGAAUUAAUACCAUUACAUACUGUACAGCAUUCAUUUAGACUCCAUUGACAUGUCAUUCAUUUUAUCUUGUGAUCAUCUAUUUUCAUCAUUUUGUUCACUUUUUGAGCAGAUGAGCAAUGUGCUGUUAUUUAUUACUUUUGAUAAUUACAAAGUGACUUUUAGUUAAUAAGCUGGAGCUUUGUAAAAAAAAAAAUUUGUUGCUAUGUCUAUUGCUUCAUAAAGCCCCUACUCAAAUCAUUUGAGGGCUGUGUGCAGGAAUUUUUUGGAGGCGCAACACAGUGGAUUAUAAAUUGUUUGCUGAUCCAACCGUUUCUGUACUUUUAAGCAUAACCACGGCCUGCUACUGCUUACCAAGAGCCUUUUUUUGUUUCUUUAAUGUCUACAGAGAUUUGAGGGUUGGAGCUACUUUGUGCCUCACAGGAUUUGAUGUAGGUUCUCAAUAUUAGAAAAAUUUGUUUUAUAUUUUGUAGAGGUAUACUGUUUUAUGCAUUAACAUAGUAAAAGGUCUAUUUGAGACAUGUUCACUUAGAUAUUCAGUAGUGGAAGAAAAAAUCAAGAAAUGUUAUGAUUUUUGCUUUAUAGAAAAUUUUAUCUAUUAUUAAAAAUAAUUUUGUUAUUUAUUUCAGAUAAACUUGAUAUUAUUUUGUUUGUACGUUAUCAUCCUUUUAAGGCAAUCGCAGUUUUUGUGGCUUUUAUAGAAACUUGCUUCCAGAAAGACCAGAUUCAGGACACAAUUUUUUUCUCCUAUGCUGCCAGUGCUUUCUCAGUCCUGACCUUAGGCUGGUCAGGCUACCAUGAGUUGUUUAUUUAGCUUGAAUAUUUUGUAUACAUCUAGAUGUAACAAACUACUCCAGAAUUUUGUGUCCAGCCAAUCAUUUUCUCCUUAAGAAAUCAAGUUUUUCACAAAACUCUUAUUCCUAAAUUUGCAUAGUGACUAUAUGUUUUGGUUUAUUUUAGACGUCUUUGGAAACUGUGUUGAUACUGCUUAUGUGUUUAAGUAUCUGUAUUAUGAACUAUAUCUGAUCAAUAUGUAUUACUCACUAGUAAGGCUAUUGUGUCUUGAACAUUAUCAUGAGUUCCUAUGUAUCACUUUCAAAGUGAUACUUGCCAUACCUACUAUAUGAUGCUUUCAUAACACGUUGUAUUCCGUGUUGAAGAAUUGUAGCCUAGAACAUUUAUUUCAUUCAAUUAUGAGGUUAUUUUAACAUUUUUCCAUUCUUUUUGGGACAUACCUAGUGUAUUUAAUGUUUUCUAUAUCAUUACGUCUACUUUCUCAUGUAAAGGAAAAGAUGUUUGUCCACAGUUUGCCCUUGCUCUCAUAACAUGGAAGUUUUCAAAGCACUUUCUUUGUACUGACCAUGUUCUAACAUUGUUAUUGUCUCCUACCAUCGUUAGAUAAGUUUUGGUCUUUUGCUUUAAUACUUUGAUGUGUGAGGAAGCAAACCAUGGUUUGCUUUGAAGCUAGUGCUGUUCUAUUUUCCCCAUUGUCUCACCUUAUAUCAUCAUCAACAACUGUCACAUCACGUACCUGACAAGCAAGAAAAAGCAGUUCAGUUAUUAACUUCCUAUUAUGCCAGAUGUGUUCUAUUCUGCAUGUGGUUUCAAAUUUAAAUUCUCUGGUUGAUUUGUAUCUUACUGCUUCAAAAAAAUGAGUGCAUACCAUGUUUCAGGGCACCAUAACUGGCAUAUAGUGUUGAAUAAGCAGUAUCCCACCCAACUUUGUUACUUUGAAAUUGUUCCUGUGCACUAAGAUGUAUUAUAGGUUGUUUAGUUAUUGUCAACUUCAAAUUUUUGAUGAAGCAUAAAAAAGUACAUUUGUGUAUGUAAUAUGCAUGAGAAAAGUUACGAAAGAAACAACAAAGUCUGAAUAUCUCUUGUCAAUUUUAUUUUUUGGGAGGGUUGGGGGCGGGGGGACUGACUGCAUUGUUCACAGUAAUUUGAUAUUUAAUGCUGGAAGAAUGACCAACAUUUGCUUCUAAUGUUUAUUUAGAGCGUAAGGCUUGGUGUUAUGCACUGUUUCUUCCUGGACAUGAAUAGAUUGUGUCCUUCAGUGCAGCUCAUGAAGUCUUCUAUUUGUAUGUGAUUUGCUGCUGCUAGCUUUUUUUUUAUACAGUGUGCUAGAGGCAAUAUUGUUGCACAGUAUUACAAAAUUUUAUUGUGUUAGGGAAUGUAAGGCAUAGCUCUUAUUCUAGAUGUUUAUGACAUAGGUUCUGUACAUAUUUAUUCUAGCUAUUACUGCAUUCAUAAUCUAUUUUAAGUUUUCUAUUUGUUUUGUCAUGCUUUUAAGUUGCGGAGUAUUUAUUUUGUUGUAUUGUUCUUGUUCUGAAAACAGAUAUUCUAAAGUUAUAUAUAGAAGAAGAAGCAGAUGUCACUGCUACCUUAUAAAAAACCAGAACCCGUAGUGUUGUAUUGUUUUAUCUGCCAAUUGAGCUCAAUCUUAACCUUAACGGUACUGUUAAUAGUGACAAGCUGGAGGACAAUAUGGCUUCUGCUGUGAAUCAUUGACAAACAAGCAAAAUUUAGGUCAAAGCUUUUGUUUAUCUGUUAUCUCAAAUUUCUCAAUGCUUGCUGUCCUUCCUUUUCCUGCAUGGGUAUUUGUAGGAAAAGCUCAGUUUGGAGAUCUCUUAAAAUGCUUUAAAAAAGAAAGGUAUUUGUGUUGUUGUUACACAUGAACUUUCUGUCAAAAAAUGUAACAAUGCUUUCCUUUCUUAAACUAUCACACAAAUGUUAUUGAUUCAUGAUAUGUCUUGUUUCCUAUUUCUUUCAAAAUGCUAGAAACUUAAACAUUCCAUUUGUUACAUAGUUGAGAAGUACUAAAUAUGUGGCCCACAAUAAGGAUAUGCUAGAACUAAUUGUAACUGUCAAAAGUAUUACAGCAUACAUCUUUAAAAAGGAGCUGACUGGCACUUCCUUAAUACAGUUUUGGUAAGCUGUUGUUUUUGUUUUGUUUUGUUUUUUAGUUUUCUAUGAUGUGAACAGACCUUCUGACAUUCAUUAUACCCCCUUACCUAUUACACUUAGAAUGUAGCACAGUUCAACACAAUUGUAGCACAACAACUUAACUUGUUGAUUGUUGCAAGUGUGAGAGAAAGUUUUUGCAACCCUAAGAUAAGGUUGAAACAGUGCUCCUAACAAUAAUGUUUUAUUAGAAAAGAAAACAAUCAAAAACAACAGCUUGUUCAACAAUAAUAUUUUUUCUGUGGUUGAGGGUUUCUUUCUGCUGUAAAAAAACCUGUAAUUAUACUUGUACUCCCCACAAAUAACCACUGUUGAAAUGAUCAGCUUAGUAUAUUUUACGAACUCCCUUGUAUAGUGUUGUACAGGCCCCAUCUAGAUCUUAUUAUGUCAAAAUUUUCACUGUUAAGGUGUUGGCACUCUCUUAAGAAUUUUUUGAUUAUUUUUAAGAGAGUCUUUUUGAAAGGGCAACAGAUAAUGUGAAUGUGCAUUGAUUUGUAUCGGCUGUAUGUAUCUAAUCACAUUCGAAAGAUAUAUAUGCAUGUUUACUUUUAA